AUGUCCACAACGAACCCACCCAAGAUCUUGUUCUUCGACACCUUCGGCACAGUAGUCGAGUGGCGUACAUGCGUCACAAAGGAGCUGAACACAGCCGCCUUGCAUGCUGCAAGCGGCCAGCAUCUCCCAGCCGACCUGCGGGCCCGAGCUGCAGCCAUGACCUUUCACGACUGGCUCGCGAUUGCCGAGCAGUGGCGCUUAUCAUACGGCGUGUUCACCACUACAUUUGAUCCAUCAUCGGAGUUCGUGUCCGUGGAUCAGCACCACUACCAAGCUCUUGCAAACCUUCUCCAGAAACACGGGCUGGAGGGCCUGUUCACUGACCAGGAGCGGUGGGACCUCGCUUUGAGUUGGCACCGUCUGAGCCCAUGGCCGGAUAGUGCACAAGGACUCGAAGUUCUGAAUCGCAAGUUCCAGACUUCGACUUUAUCGAAUGGGAACCACGAUUUAUUGCGAGAUCUGAAGAGCUUCGGAUCCUUGCCGUUCACGCAUUUGACGAGUGCUGAGGAUUUCGGGGCUUAUAAACCUUCGCCAUUGGUUUAUAAGGGUGCGGCGAAGAAGUAUGGCUUUGACCCGAGUCAAUGUGCUAUGGUCGCUACUCACCUGAAGGAUUUGAAGGCGGCCAACGAGUGCGGACUACAGACUAUCUUUGUUGAACGCUAUUUGGAAGAAGCUUGGUCUCCCAUUGAUGUUGCGAAGGCGAAGGCGGAGGGAUGGGUGGAUAUGUGGGUUGAUGCCGACUCAGGUGGUUUCUUGGAAGUGGCUAGACGGUUUGGGAUUGAUGUUGGUCAAGCCGUGAGGUGA